UACCCUACGCACAUAUGCAAACUACCUGCCUUACUACACAUUUUUAAAAGCUUUGAGCACAUUCACAACGGAUCAAUAUAAUACUUUUUCCGUGAUUAUUGAGGAUGGAAGAUUUACUUCAUAUUUUGCAGGUGAACUUUGCAACUAUUAUAAUGGUUGUGGUCGUUGCUAUGCUGCUUUGGAUGAAUAGAGGGAAGCAAAUCUCACGUUUACCACCGGGUCCUAAACCGAUUCCUCUGCUCGGUAACUUAUUACAAAUGGAUUUGAAAGCGCCAUACAAGUUCUACAUGGAGCUCAGUAAGAAGUAUGGGUCAGUUUUUACCGUAUGGCUGGGCUCCACACCUGUAGUAGUGCUCUCUGGAUAUCAGGCUAUCAAGGAAGCUUUUGUCAACCAGGGAGAAGAGUUCAGUGGCAGAGCCAACUACCCUCUCAUCAUGACCAUCACUCAGGGAUAUGGAGUGUUGGUGAGUAGUGGGAAAAGAUGGAAAGAUCUUCGCAGGAUAUCCUUGAUGACUCUGAAAAACUUUGGGAUGGGGCGCAGGACAAUUGAACAGCGGAUCCAAGAAGAGGCUAAGUUUCUGAUUAAAGCCAUUCAUGAAUAUAGAGAUUCAGUUGUCAAUCCCAAGAAAAUGAUUUGCAAUUCUAUCGGCAAUGUGAUCAGUUCCAUAGUCUUUGGACACCGGUUUGAAUAUAACAAUCCAAUGUUUCAACUCAUCCAAAAGGCUGUUGAUGACUACUUCAGUGUUCUCAGCAGUCCUAUAGGAGCGAUGUUUAACAUGUUCCCUCGAAUUGUUUGGUGCUUUCCAGGCAAACAUCAUAGAAUGUUUGCCACCAUAAACCAGGCCAAAGAUUACAUGCGGGCGCAGGCAGAACUUCGUCUUAAGAACCUGGACACCUCUGACCCUCAGGACUUACUCGAAGCAUUCCUAAUUAAAAUGCUUGAGGAGAAAGAUGAUCCCAACACUGAGUUCUGCUAUGACAACAUGGUGAUGACUGCAUGGAACCUGUUUAGUGCUGGAACAGAAACAACAUCUUCCACCUUAAGACAGUCCUUUCUGAUGAUGAUGAAGUACCCUUCUAUUCAAGGGAAAGUUCAGAAGGAGAUAGACGAUGUGAUUGGCUCAAGAGUUCCAACGGUUGAUGACAGAGUGAAAAUGCCCUACACGGAUGCAGUCCUCCAUGAGGUCCAGAGAUUCAUGGACCUCGCCCCCACCUCUGUCCCCCACAAAGUAAUCAGAGACACAGAGUUUCACAACUACCUCAUCCCAGAGGGUACCAUGGUCUUGCCUCUGUUGUCCUCUGUGCUGUGUGAUCCUGAACUGUUUAAGAACCCAGAUGAGUUUGACCCAGAGAACUUCCUGGAUGAAAACGGACGCUUUAAGAAAAAUGAUGGAUUCCUCGCUUUUGGAUUGGGGAAGAGGGCGUGUCUGGGAGAGGCUCUGGCCAGAAUGGAGCUGUUUCUCUUCUUCACCUCCCUGCUGCAGUGCUUCACCUUCAGUGGGACCCAACCCCCAGAGGAGAUCAAUAUCAACCCAGAGUGUGCCAGUUUUGGUCGCAUGCCACGUUCCUAUGAUUGCUACAUCAAAGUCAGGACCGUGGAGUGACCACUUUCCUGUCUGGAGCAGUAUCUGGCUGAAUGUUAGCUGCAUUUUCCUUUUACAUCUUUUCAUUGUAGACGACUCUGGAGGUUGUUUAGGGAAUUGUAUCUUACCAUAAUCUACAGUUACAAUUUCUAAGGUAUGGUUUUAUACUUCUAGGUUAAUUUGCAUUAACCUACACAUUUCACCCAUUUGUAAGAAUGAUUAUCAAAUGGAAAACGUAAAAUAUGGUGGACCAAUUAUAAUAUAUAUUUCUAAAGCAAUGUUAAAUAAAACAUUGUCUGUGUGAUCCUGACAUCCACCUAUAUUCAUAGGUAAAACAUAAUCCAACUAGAUUCAUAAUCGAUACACUGCUUGGACGUUUAUACAUAAAUCUAUUCACGCAAGCUAAGAUUAAUCAGAAUCAACCAAAAGUCAAAGGAAGUGAUGGAGCCCAGAAAGUAGGUCUAUAACUUCUUUAAUUAUUUAGCAACGUUCAAGCUCUGCUAAGUCAUCUCUCCAAACAAUAGCUUUCAUAUUGUUAUCCACCAUGCCUCGAAUGCAUAACUUUUUGUAAGCAGCCAGGUAGGUUGAAAUACAUCUGUUAAAAUGACUUGCUGUCUGAGCGUUCGGCUAUAAAUGCACCCACUACAGGCUGGUUAAAAUCAAUGUUAUGGUACAAAUGCUUCUCACUACACCACCAACAUACAUAAUCACAUGUUUGUCUUUUUGCCGGACCGCGUAAGCCCAAUUUGGAUAUUUUUACUUAGGGGUG